AUGCAAAGUUUCAGGCGUUUUCUUUUGCUUACCAAUUUCCAAAGGAACUAUAUAAAGCAACAUUUUCUUUUUAAAAGCAAGCCCGUUAUUAGCUCUUACCAUACGUGGCAUGAAGACGCUGCGGAUUUACUGCCGAAUAACGUUGAUCCUAAUAGAGAUGAGUUCAAGGAAAAUGCCGAAAAAAUGGAUAAAUUAGUCAAAGACCUUUAUAACAUAGUAGAAAAAAUCAAAUUAGGCGGCGGGGAAGAGUCACGGAAACGACACCUUAGUCGAAAUAAAUUAUUGUCCAGGGAUCGUUCUCCAUUUCUUGAGCUAUCACAACUCGCAGGUUAUCAUCUAUACUCGGACGAAGUACCUGCCGGUGGAAUUAUAACCGGAAUUGGACGCGUCAAAGGAGUUGAAUGUAUGAUCGUUACUAAUGAUCCUACAGUGAAAGGAGGAACAUAUUAUCCUAUUACAGUAAAGAAACAUCUACGUGCUCAAGAAAUUGCAAAAGCGAAUAGAUUACCUUGUAUCUAUCUAGCCAAUUUGCCUCAUCAAGCUGAAGUUUUUCCCGAUCGAGAUCAUUUUGGGCGAAUAUUUUAUAAUCAGGCUAAUCUUUCAGCAGAAGGAAUUCCUCAAAUAGCCGUCGUCAUGGGUUCUUGUACGGCAGGUGGAGCUUAUUUGCCAGCUAUGGCAGAUGAAAGCAUUAUUGUUUCCAAGCAAGGGACUAUAUUUUUGGCUGGUCCGCCAUUAGUAAAGGCUGCUACAGGAGAAAUUGUCUCUGCAGAAGAACUAGGUGGUGCAGAGCUGCAUUGUCGUACUUCUGGCGUCACCGAUCACUACGCGUCGAAUGAUGAACAUGCUCUAUAUCUUGCUCGCCGUGUUGUCGAACAUCUAAACUGGAGAAAACAUCCGAAUAUUACAAUAAAACCACCCGAAGAUCCUAUAUAUCCAGCAUCCGAAAUUGGUGGCAUAGUAGGCGAUAAUCUUCGUAAAUCUUUUGACGUCAAAAAUGUCAUUGCACGAAUUGUAGAUGGUAGCCGUUUUGCCGAAUUCAAAAAACUUUAUGGAACUACAUUAGUUACUGGGUUUGCACGCAUUCAUGGAUAUCCAGUUGGCAUUGUUGCGAACAAUGGCAUUUUAUUUUCUGAAUCAGCACUCAAGGGCGCACAUUUUAUCGAAUUGUGUGCACAACGCGGGAUCCCAUUAUUGUUUCUACAAAAUAUCACGGGAUUUAUGGUUGGAUCUUCUGCAGAGGCAGGUGGUAUUGCGAAACAUGGCGCAAAGAUGGUCAUGGCUGUAUCGUGUGCCAAAGUUCCUAAAUUCACUGUGAUAAUUGGUGGUAGUUUUGGAGCUGGUAAUUACGGGAUGUGUGGGAGAUCUAGUAGUCCCAGAUUUUUGUGGUUAUGGCCGGUGAGCAAUCUUUUUUGGUCAGUCGAAGAGGAAGAAAACUUCAAAAAUCCUAUUCGCGAAAAAUACGAAAUCGAAGGACACCCUUAUUAUUCAUCAGCUCGCCUUUGGGAUGAUGGUGUAAUUGACCCAGUCGAUACUCGUGAUGUUAUAGGAUUAGCGCUCUCUACUUCUUUGAAUACUCUUAUUGAGAAGACACGAUUUGGCGUAUUUAGAAUGUAA